GGUUGAACUGAACGUUGAUGAACUUCUUCUCAUUCUGUGCUAAAGCGGAUCAGGGGAACAUGCCUCUCAUGCUCCACUGGUUGUCCUGUUGGUUAGGUUGAGGUGUAGUUCCUCUCCUCGGCAGCAGGGGGGGGUACUAGAGCAGCUUUCCUACAGUGUUCAGUGAACUCCCUGAAAGUAACCAGAGAACAGGGCGUGUCUGGAGGAGCUGAGUCCUGUCACCUCGGCUCACCUGGCACGGCUCUGCUCACGGCGGUCUAAACUAAGAGUUUAAUGUCGUCUGGACGGCUCGUUUGAGCUGAUCGGGAACAUGUACACGUCCGGCAGGCGGAUGAGCCUCCACGAGGUGAAGAGGAAGGACCCUGUGUGGGUUUCGGCCGGAGGUCUGUGUCAGGACGCCCCGGGGUUCAGCAAGGCGCCCCCGUCCCCACGGGGUCCCAGCCGGGCUCUGUCAGUGGCCUAUAUCCUGAUCCAGGACGCAUCGCUGCCGCAGACCGAGGAGAACCUGUCCCUCAAGUGUCUGAAGGAAGCCUGCGCUGACGUCCACGCCGUGUUCAAGACCAUCUCCUUCGAGAGGAUCUCUCUGGGCACCACCGACAUCCUGGAUAGUUUCUACAACGCAGACGUGGCGGUGGUUGAGAUGAGCGACACCUUCUGCCAGCCGUCCCUGUUCUACCACCUCGGCGUGCGGGAGAGCUUCAGCAUGACCAACAACGUCAUCCUGUACUGUUAUAAAUCCAAAAGCAAAAGCGACGUCCACGCUAUCAAGGAGCAGUGUGGGUCCUACACCUUCAUCCCCUACGUGGUGUCUCCGGGGGGCCGGGUGCUGGCCUGUGACGUGGGCCUGAUGAGGGGUCUGGAGGAGCUCAUCAGCCUCACCAUGGAGCCGCUGCUGACCCCCCUGGUGGAGCGGCUGGUCUCCCUGCUGGAGGGGCUCAACGUCCAGACCAGUGAGUACUUCCGGGAGUCGGUGCGUCUGGAGAUCCGGACGGCCCGGGAGCGGUUCACCGGGGCUCAGCUGAGCCAGGAGCUGUCCCGGAUCCAGAACCGUCUGGACACCGUGGACCUGCUGACGCCCGACAUCAUCAUCAACCUGCUGCUGUCCUACCGCGACGUCCAGGACUACGAUGCGAUCAUCAAGCUGGUUGAAACUCUCACGACCCUGCCCAUGAGCAAGGUGGCAGCCAACGACAACAUCAAGUUCCACUACGUCUUCGCUCUCAACAGGAGGAACGGGCCAGGGGACCGCGCCCGGGCCCUGAGCGUGAUCCUGCCCAUGGUGGGCUCGGAGGACCGCGCGGCGUCCGACGCCUACUGCAUGUGUGGCCGCAUCUACAAGGACGCCUUCAUCAGCUCCGGCUUCAGCGACCACAGCAGCCGAGAUCAGGCCUGCUACUGGUACGGGAAGGCCUUUGAGGUGGAGCCCAGCCUCCACUCUGGGAUCCAUAACGUGGUUCUCCUGAUGGCAGCCGGCCACGAGUUCGACACGUCCAUCGAACUCCGCAAGAUAGGUGUGACCCUGAGCAGCCUGUUGGGGAGGAAGGGCAGCCUGGAGAAAAUGCAGGACUAUUGGGACGUGGGUCUGUAUCUGGGCGCCAGCAUCCUGGCCAACGACCACAAGAAGGUGAUCGAGGCCUCGGAAAAACUCUACCGCCUCGACGCUCCCAUCUGGUACGUGGGCUCCAUCAUGGAGACCUACAUCAUCUACAGACAGUUCGCCAAGCCGCCACAACUCCGCUCCCCUAAGCAGGACACGGUCAACUUCUGGAUGGAGCUCCACCUCCAAGCCUGCAAACCCACUGUCUCCACGGACCGCUGCCCGGUCCUCAUCCUGGAGCCCACCAAGGUGCUGCAGCCGGCGGUGGUCAGCGUGAGCGAGGAGGACCAGAGCAGAACCCUCCAGCUCCAGCAUGUCACCCCGCUGGAGAAAGGUCUCCACCGCUGGUCCUUCCCUGCCUCCUCCAUCAGAGUCGUCAGCGUCUCUAAGAACGAUGAGCGCAGCUGCUUCCUGUUCGUCCACCACAACUCUGACGACUUCCAGCUCUGCUUCCCCACGCCGCUGCACUGCAAAGGGUUCUGUGAGCUGGUCAACUCUCUGCUGCAGUCCGCCCUGCCUCCAGCCCCGGACCAGGACCGCCUCACGGGAGAGGUCCUGGAGUACAUGUAUGAGACCACUGCGGAGGGGGAGAAGGUGGUCCUGGGGAAGGGGACCUACGGGGUGGUCUACGCAGGCCGGGACCUCAGUAACCAGGUCCGGAUCGCCAUCAAGGAGAUCCCAGAGAAGGACAGCUCGUACUCCCAGCCCCUCCAUGAGGAGAUCUCUCUCCACCGCCGUCUGAAGCACCGGAACAUCGUGCAGUACCUCGGCUCCGUCAGCGAGGCCGGCUUCAUCAAGAUCUUCAUGGAGGAGGUUCCUGGAGGCAGCCUCUCCUCCCUCCUGCGCUCUAAGUGGGGUCCUCUGAAGGACAACGAGGCCACCGUCGUCUUCUACACCAAACAGAUCCUGCAGGGCCUCCUCUAUCUCCAUGACAACCAGAUCGUCCACCGAGACAUCAAGGGAGACAAUGUGCUGAUCAACACCUACAGCGGGAUCCUGAAGAUCUCCGACUUCGGGACGUCCAAGCGCCUGGCGGGCAUCAACCCCUGCACCGAGACCUUCACCGGGACCCUGCAGUACAUGGCUCCUGAGAUCAUCGACCAGGGCCCGCGGGGCUACGGCAAGCCGGCGGACAUCUGGUCCCUGGGCUGCACCAUCAUAGAGAUGGCCACCGGGAAGCCCCCCUUCCACGAGCUGGGGAGCCCCCAGGCCGCCAUGUUCAAGGUGGGGAUGUUUAAGAUCCACCCGCGGGUCCCAGAGAGCAUGUCCUCCCAGGCGAAGACCUUCAUCAUGGGCUGCUUCGAGCCCGACCCCCACCACCGCGCCACCGCCAAGCUCCUCCUCCGGGACCUCUUCCUCGUCUCCUCCAGGAGGCGCGCCGGCCCGCCCCACGAGCAGGAGCCCAGGGAGGCCCCCUCAGACCUCCAUCGCAGCCUCUCCGUCCCGGUCGCGGUGUACGUGGAGGACACCGACUCAGUGGACUCUCUGGACCUCAGCCUCUCGCUGGACCUCCGGCGCCACAGCCCCGCCCCCGGCGGCGAGGACACGCCCCCCUCCGGCAGCUUCCUGCUCGCCCCUGGCUCCGCCCCCCUGGCGCCCGGCUCUCCGGCGGCGGCGGGCGAGAGCCCCGGUCUCUUCCUGCUGCGUAAGGACAGCGAGCGUCGUGCCACGCUGAACCGCGUGCUGAGCGACCACAUCGGGCCCGUGGUCGCACACGUCCAGGACGCCCUGCCCACGCUUGGUGGGGGGUCUGUGCUGACGGCGGAUCACAUCCUGCACCUGAUUGGCUGCCUGCGGGACCACAUCCGCUCCCCCGACCGGAGGGUCCUGACCUGCAGUCUGCUGGAGCUGCGAGCCGCGCUGCUGGCCGCCGCAGUACCGGCCAGCAGCCUGCAGGCGGCGCUGUUCAGCUUCCAGGACGCCGUGAAGAAGGUUCUCCGCCAGCAGCAGGUCAAACCUCACUGGAUGUUUGCUCUUGACAACCUGCUGAGACAGGCCGUUCAGGAGGCCAUCACCGUGCUGCUGCCAGAGCUGAAGCUCCAGCUGCAGUCGUCCUUUGAGGGUGAGGAGGCGGGCUCUCCCCCAGAGCAUCUCGGCAUUCCCGCCUCCGGCCCGGAGGCGGAGCAGGACGCCGCCUGCCAACCCCCGGAGACGGGGGACCCGGACGGUCACCAUGACGACAGCAGUGGUCACCAUGAUGACCACCUCCCCUCCUGUCCGCUGAGCCUCCAGCUGGCCGAGCUUCGGCAGGAGACACAGAGGCUCCUGAACCAGCUGACGGAGAAGGAGACGGAGUACCAGGACCUCCUCAGAACCUCGGUCCAGAGGAAGCACCAGGAGAUACAGGUCCUGAAGACCUGCUCCACCUCCACCAGCGACGCCUCCUCCUUCUCCACAGACGGCCCGCUGGCUCCUCAGGUGGACUGUCCUGCUCCUGAGGACCAGGCCCUGGUCCGCUGGCUCAGAGCGGUCCCUGUAGACCAGGACACGGUCCACAAGCUGCUCCACCAUCACUUCUCCCUGGACUGUCUGCUGGAGGACUCCUGCAGAGACGACCUGGUGUACUGCGGCAUAAGGGGCGGGAUGCUGUGCCGCGUCUGGGCGGCGGUCACGACGGCCAGGAACGCCGGUCUGAGCACCAUCAGCGAGGAGAGCAGGAGGGCAGUGUGCUGAGGAGCCAGGGGGAGGAGCCAUUAGAGCCACGCCCACAGCGACAGCAGCAGCUGUGGUGAACAGGGGGAUUACGACGGCUGCUUCUGACUGGUGUUGGGAGGUCAGGACGGUCCCUCCCCUCGGGGGGCCCUGGCUGAGAGAGCAGUGCAUUGUGGUCCUUUAGUCUGGUAGCUCUGGGCUCAGCUUCUGACGGGGGUUGGGAGGUCAGGACGGUCCCUCCCCUCGGGGGGCCCUGGCUGAGAGAGCAGUGCAUUGUGGUCCUUUAGUCUGGUAGCUCUGGGCUCAGCUUCUGACUGGUGUUGGGAGGUCAGGACGGUCCCUCCCCUCGGGGGGCCCUGGCUGAGAGAGCAGUGCAUUGUGGUCCUUUAGUCUGGUAGCUCUGGGCUCAGCUUAUUGAGAACAUGGAGAGCAGGAGAAGCUUUAUACUUCAGAUGUCAUAUAUUUCAAACUGAGAGGUUGUUUUCUAUGAGGUUAUGGUUAUUUUUCUGUCAAUAGGUGACCUUUUGGUUUCUAUUCCUCAGGGUAUGGGUUUCAAAAUUGACUUUCAAACUGUUUUUAUUCUGUCUGCCUGAAAGAUAUAUUUGGUUGCAGUUCUGUAGGGCAGGAGCUUUGUAAUUAAUUAUUAUUUCUUAACAUGUGAUUGUUAUUGCAGGUUUUAAAGACAACAUCUUCUGUUUUGCCAAAGGUUACAUUUAUUUGUCACACCAAACCAUGGAUGUCCAGAGAGAAGGGAUCCACCAUACUUAGAGACUUAGAGCAGAAGGGAUCCACCAGACUUAGAGCAGAAGGGAUCCAGCAGACGUAGAGGAGAAGGGAUCCACCAGACUUAGAGACUUAGAGCAGAAGGGAUCCACCAGACUUAGAGGAGAGAGUGAUCCCUCUGCUGCCCCUGACUGACAGCUGUCUGCUGGUUACCAUGGGGACACGUUUAGGUACAGAGUUUUAUGACGGUCUUCGAUCUACUGGUGGUCAGAGGUUUUCUACGUCUCGACGUCUUUAGGAAUCAAAGCAUGUUGUCAAAUAAAGAAUUUUACUGAAACU